AUGGUGAUGCAAUUUGACCCCAGAUGGGAAAUCAAUCGAGAGAAUUUGAAUCUUUGCAUAAUAGGCGAGGGUGCUUUUGGUAAGGUGCUAAAAGCCGAGGCUUUCGGUGUUGGCAAACAGAACUUCGGAAAGACUAUUGUUGCCGUGAAGACGUUGAAAGACGACGCUACCGAGGCAGAGUUAAUGGAUCAUUCUGAAGCAGAGGUGAUGAAAUAUAUUGGUCGCCAUAAGAAUAUUAAUAAUGUUAUGGGGUGUUGCACACAAAAUGGACCGCUACUGGUGGUUGUCGAAUAUGCACCUUUCGGCAUUUUACGAGAAUAUCUUCGUGAAGGAAGACUUGACCGAAACGGAGAGACCAUUCCAAUAGAAGGAGAAGAAAAGUUGCGCCUUAGGGAUUUCGUCUCCUUCAGUUAUCAAAUUGCUCGUGGAAUGGAGUAUUUGUCAGGAAGAAAGUGUUUUCAUCGCGAUCUUGCUUCCAGGAAUAUUUUAGUUGGUGAAGAUAGAGUAAUGAAAAUUGCAGACUUUGGUUUAGCUCGCGACAUUCAUCAGAUUAACUAUUACCGCAAAACAACUGACAUGGUGUUUUGUGACGAGCAGUUUGUUGACAAACUAAUCAGCAUAUGUAUGAUAUUCUUUCUUAUUCUUGGUAAAAUAAUGUUUGCUGCCGCCAUAGCUAUCCAGAUGGGAAAUCAAUCGAGAGAAUUUGAAUCUUUGCAAGUAAUAGGCGAGGGUGCUUUUGGUAAGGUGCUAAAAGCCGAGGCUUUCGGUGUUGGCAAACAGAACUUCGGAAAGACUAUUGUUGCCGUGAAGACGUUGAAAGACGACGCUACCGAGGCAGAGUUAAUGGAUCAUUCUGAAGCAGAGGUGAUGAAAUAUAUUGGUCGCCAUAAGAAUAUUAAUAAUGUUAUGGGGUGUUGCACACAAAAUGGACCGCUACUGGUGGUUGUCGAAUAUGCACCUUUCGGCAUUUUACGAGAAUAUCUUCGUGAAGGAAGACUUGACCGAAACGGAGAGACCAUUCCAAUAGAAGGAGAAGAAAAGUUGCGCCUUAGGGAUUUCGUCUCCUUCAGUUAUCAAAUUGCUCGUGGAAUGGAGUAUUUGUCAGGAAGAAAGUGUUUUCAUCGCGAUCUUGCUUCCAGGAAUAUUUUAGUUGGUGAAGAUAGAGUAAUGAAAAUUGCAGACUUUGGUUUAGCUCGCGACAUUCAUCAGAUUAACUAUUACCGCAAAACAACUGACGUAUGUAUUCUGUGAAAUUGUGCCAUUAAUCCUGAUAAAUAAUUUUUAAGAAUAUGAAAACAUUUUUUGUCCUUGUAUAUGUAUAUUAUAGUAAAUUUUCUAGUUUUGUGCCUGAACUUCGAGUGGAAAUAUUUUUGUUUGAUAUCAUUGUAUUAUAAGACAUUUAUAAUUACUUUGAACUUCACACUUUUUGUACUGCAGAGGAA